AUGAAGAUACAUCGUGCUAUAAUCCUGGUCACACUCUUGGCCUUGAUAAAAACGGCGGUUUCUCAACUUCACCAUAUUGAGCAGUGCAGAGAGGUGUUCGAAAGUUUCAUGCCGUGCAUGGGCUUCGUCGAGGGAAUCUUCCAGCAACCUUCUCCGCAAUGCUGCAGAGGCGUGACCCACUUGAACAACGUCGUCAAGUUCAAGACCCCAGGAUCGAGGACGAAUAAGCUGGGGAGUGGAGAGCUAGAGAGAGUAUGUGGAUGCAUAGAGAUAAUGGGAAGAGCAGAUCAUCUUCCUUUUCUGGCAUCUGCCAUCAGCAAUCUUCCUCCCCUUUGUUCUCUUAAGCUCAGCUUUCCUAUCUCUGUUGGAAUGGACUGUUCUCAGUAA